ACUAGGCUCACCUUGGUCACGACCAAUUCGGUUAGGCCAGGUCAUGCUGCCUCUGACUACACCACAUCUGUCCAUCCUCACCCUUGAGAGAGCUUUCUGCUGGCGCGAUAUUGGACCACAAACCUGCAGCAGUUCACCCAAGCAGCAAAUCCCCCCGGUCCUUGCUUCUGACGUGUGUGGUGCGGCGGAUACGGCGCUGGAGACGCUUCCUCCCGCAUUGCAGCUGAACGAGCCAGAGCUCCACAUCUCCAGCGUCCCCCCGUGACUCCCUCUUCCUCAUACCCCAGCAGCUCCACAUCUCAAGUGUGGUCCCGUGACUCCCUCUUCCUCGACGAGAGUCAAGAGUCCAUGGACUUCUACGCAUGCCAAUUCUGCAAUAAGCGCUUUCGCGGCCCUGCCGAAGUGUCGAACCAUGAGCGGUCGCAUCGGAAUGACGCUUUUCCAGAGCCCCAUCCGCGGGACAUCCUCGUCCAGCAGUAUGAGGGGGUGUUGUGGGACCCACCAACAGCGGAGAACUCAGCUGCUGCGACGCUGAAGCUCCGGAGCUGCAGGAGGAAGACCUUGAAGGGGAGGAUAUUGGAGGAGAGGAGGGCCUGGUAGGGGAGAAAGGAUUAGCAGACCAACAGGCCAUAGAGGAGGAUGAGUUCGUGCCUGCAGCUGCUUAUUUCGCAGAAGAGGACGACGAGGUGUCUAGUUUGACACUCGCUUCGAGACUUCUAGGUUCCUAACACAGUGCAAUCGUGGCGUAGGAUUGUGCGGGCCCGACGUGGAUGCUUUCCUUCGUCUUGUAAACCAUCCCGGCUUUGUUAAGUAUGAUUUGGGAGACUGGAAAAGGAAAGGGGCUGUCGAGAAGUACAUGCGGAGGAGGAAUUGGGCGUUGAGAAAGUUAAGUUCAAGACCACGCAGGUCCAAGUGACAGGGUGGCCUAAGUCAUUCGCCGUCAAGUACCUGGACUGGGUAGAGGUAAUUUCUGGCAUGCUCUACAAUGGUGUGUAGGCAUUGUCUUUCGUUAAAUGGACCUAUACUUGGAUGCACA